AUGUUACCCGUUUGCCCUACCAUGUUUUCAAUGACAAUGGUCUCCAAUUUGCGCGAUCAAUUCCCUCGUGGACUUUACGAGUCUUCCGAAGUAUCUACGAAGAAUAGCGACGUCCAUGUAACAGUCAUUCAAGAUAAGUGUACGUUAUUUUUACGACAAUUGUCUCAUUUGCUGAUUCACAGUGUUUGUUCAUCUUUUGGAGGCCUUGAAACUGAGUUUUUUUUAAUUAAAUUCACGAUACACGAAAAAUAAAAACGGCUAAUCACGCAUCGCGAAAAUACCCUGUACGACCCUCGUCUUCUUUUUGCUAAUUAUGCCAAGUUAUGUGCUCCUGGAGUGCACGUGCAAAACCGCUGUUCUUAAGAACUGUUUAUCAAACCCUUUUUCGGAUUUCAAAAAAAAAAAAAAAACGGAAAGAAAGGGAGUCCAAGAACAUGUAUCUCAGCGUUGAAAUCCGCUUUCAGAUUUCGCGUUUGAUUGCAAAUCGGAAGUCCGGAUUUUGAAAUCUAAAUCCAGAUUUCCCAAUCGAACGCAGCCAUACUGAGUCUUCAAAGAUGAAAAUAGACAGCUGUUGGGCUCACAAUAAUCUCCACCUGGGUCAUCAUCAUUGAAUAACAUUUGUCUUCGGGCAACCCCCCCCUUUUUUUUUUAUUAAUCUUGCAAAAGGAGUUCUUAUAAUAUAUCUGGCGGCGGGGUUUGAAGCUCCCGAUUUUAAUGUUUAAGAAAUGUGCAGGGAACAAUUUUAAGCAAAUUAUGGGUUUCUUUUUUUGUAUUCAUGAAAUGGGGGUUUUCUUAAUUCAUAACGUAAACAGUUGUCAUGGUAUUAGCAUCAACUGAUCUCCACAUUGUACUGAGAGACCUAUUUUAUGCUCAGAAUAGUUUGUGUCAUAAUGAAAUUCAAUUCAAUUCAAAGACUGUGUCUAAAGCUAUUUUACCGCGGACUCUUCAUCGAGGGAGACACAAAUGACACGCAUUUCGUUUUUCACUUCGUUAAUUUCCCUGGUAAACAUCCUAAACGGUUCAAAAAGUUUCCUAUCCUUUCCAGAUUUCAAAUUGCGUCACUACGCAGAAAAAAUUAUCGGGAGAAGACUGAAUGGAAGCACUAUCAAACAGCUGAAUGUGACAUCAGAAAUGUCUUGUCAAAUUGAAUGUGUGGCAGAUAACCGCUGUUUAUCGUACAACUUAAUUCCGAUUCUAGGCAUGGAUGUAUUAAUCUGUGAAGUCAGUGACUCUGAUAGAUUUGUUGGGUAUCAGAAUUUUACAAGCGAAGUUGGGGGCAUCUACAGAGGAUUAGAGGUAAAAGUAAAUGAGGAGCUAAUUUCUUUCUUGUAAGUAAAUAUGUAUAGCGCUAAAGACCCUAGUUGUCUGAAUAAGCCUAACUUAAUCUUACCUAUAUACCCGCCUCGACUAGUUUUAACUAUUUGUGGGUACUAUUCAAACGCAAAAUGUCUGUUUCUUAAUAAAUUGUGUGUGUUGUUGUUGUUGUUGGGUUUAGAUCUAAUUUGAAUAAGGUAUGCUGGUAGUGAAUCUAAUUUCUGUAAUAUGAAACGAAAAACAGGGAAUUAUUACGUGGCGUUAUAAAGUUUUUUUUGAGAUGGCAUAGUGCAGAAUCGCAGCUAUAUGAACUUUGAUUCUUUAUAGCCUACUCACAUAAAAAGAAUUCUUCUUGUGCGCAAUAUUGUUAUAAUGGAGUAAAAAAAAAAAGAAAAAAAAGAAAAAAAAAGCAUUUUAUUUGAGUGUCAAUGUAUUUAGCACGAAAGUGCUAAUUGGGGACACUAUAUUUUACGUCUCCUAAUGGAGACAGGACCGCCAUUUUACGUGGUCAUCCGAGCCACGCGAAGGUCCAGCCAUUUGAAGGGCAAAGGAAGUACCUUCAUUUCUCAGUUAUUUUAAGACUCUGAGUAUUGGUCCGGCCCCGGGAAUCGAACCCGCGACCUCCCGCUCUGCAGUCAAGCGCUCUACCGACUGAGCUAACCCUGCCGCGGGAGUACUUGUCGAUAAGUAUGUAACUAUUUUUCAGAGUAUCUGUGAAAGAGAAUCACCGUGUGCGAACGAUGAUCAGGAUGAAGUGUGCAUUCCUGACUACGAAGACGACGCUAGGCAUUUCUGUAAAUGUAUAGGCUGGUAAACAAAAUAAAAAUUAAAUUAAUACUUCGCCAACUCCAUGAGAGCAGAGCUUUUUAACAGCCCCCUGCCGUCCCCCCCCCGAAAAAAAACAAUCGUGACAUAUCAUGAUUCUUGUUUCGCAAACUGUGUUAAGACAAAUGAUAAUCUCUGAGGAGCGAGAAAGUUCCUGUCUGUUUCCAGAACUCAGUUUAACGGGAUCAAUUUUAUUGAUUUACUGUUGUUCUGAAAGAAAUACCACAAAGAAAUCGAAUUUAUUACGUCUCAGUUAUGCCAAGUUGGCCCAUGUAAGGUAAUCAGAGACGUUUUUGGAAUCUGGAUUCCACUCAGUGGAUUCGGGAUUCCGGAUUCUAAUCGUAAGCGGGACUCCGGAUUCCUUAAGCUGCAUGCCGUAUUCCACAAGAAAAAAAUUCCUGGAUUGCGGGAUACGGAUUACCUUACAGGAGGCGAAACGAUUGUAUUUAGUCUGUACAAGAAUGAAGUGCCAUUAUUAGUUAUCCCUCAUGUUAAUACAAUUGUGGCGUUGGGUCGCUGAGGGGAAUGCAGCAGUAGACCAAAACAGAGGUGAUAAAGAUAGUUGGAGUUUCAAAACCCGAUGUUUCAACAAGCAAUAGCCCUUAGUCAGAGAGAUUCGGUUUGCUUUGACUAGCCUGAGUAUAGGAAGGUGUUUCUCGAAAAAGGGGGAAGAGCUGGGAGAGGGCAACAGUGGAGACAGCGAAGGGAUAGAAACAAAAAUCUCCGCUCUCCUAAGGAGAACCUGAUACUCAAGCUUCGCUCCGACGGUUGGCUAUAUAUCGUUCGAAGUGUCAGGUUUUCAAAGGUAAUUGACUUACUAGUAGUCAAACUAGCCUAUGGAACAAAAUUUUUGCAUUUAAUCUGUAGUUACUUUCCGUCGGAUCAACGCGGAUUCCAGCACGGAUCUUUUUUGUUGAAAAACUGAAGCAGAUUUUCCCAACGCGGACUAUCUCACUUUUACUAUUUGUAUCCCUAAUCACUUAAGGCCUCAUACAAUGGUUUUCCAAUUCAGAAUGCCUAAUGCAUUGUCAAGACCUUUACUUAAAGGGUUCCACGACUGAUGGAGUGUACUUGGUUUACCGUGACAACGAAGAACCCAUUAAAGUGCUCUGUGACAUGACAACUGAGGGGGGUGGAUGGACGGUCUGUCAAAGACGAAUGGAUGGAUCAGUGUUCUUCUACUUGGGAUAG